GAGGCAAGUGGCCAUCCUCACCUGUAAAAAGAUGCCUGAAUUUCCAAAUCAGUGAGAAAUCCUGGUUCCCACCUUGCCCAGUUUCUACUGUGCAAAAAUACAAUAAAUCUGCUUCUCAGGCAGUAAGAGGAGAAUCGUACACUUUAGUUUGAAUUUACCAGCCUUCACACUGAUUUUUUUUUUCCUAGUCAUUAUUCUGCUAAAUUCUGCGGAACAGAAUUGGCCUUGAACCUGGGCCUUUCAUGAAUUGGGAAUGUGUGUUUCACAAUAUCAGGGUUGAUUUCAAGUGGUUAAUUAAAACUCAAACUGUCGCACUAAGCUCUGGUGCGUUAUCUAAGCCCUCAGGGCCUGAAAGUUGGAGGAUUUAUUCUAGUAAUACCAGUGUUCGUUGGAGUAACUAAAAAAUAUACUUUCGAUAUUUGAAAUUGCUUGGAUGGUUGAGAGAAAACAAAGAGUUCCUUUGUAAUAAUCACCAAUAACUUAUGAUUUGGGGCUCUUCUAAUGAGCUAAGUACCAAAUAUGAAUCCAGCCCAAAUUUGAGCCUUUGCUCGCUUGAGCUCCUCUGUUUCUGAGUCAUGAACACUGGAAGAAUUAAGAGCUAUACCAUGGAUUUGUCACUCGCCAGUUCCACAACAUGCUUCUAUAGGGGCUACUUUUUUCUGAAAGUUAACUCCGCUGUUCACACGUGUGUCACAAGAAGCUGGCAUAGAAGAUGCCAACCACGACCUCUUAGAGGCCUGGAGAAGUGUUGAUUGCAUGUAGUAGGGGUCUUCCCGUGGUAGCCAGCAGUCAACGUAACAGCAUCAUCAGGGUCGCUAUACUAUGUCUGAAAUGUGAAAUCGCAAUUCUUACAAAACUAUGAAGAACACUUUGGAUUACAAACCUGGAAUGGCACUAGGUGAGGUGGCUUAUCCAUUAUUUUGGAAGUCUGGAGGAUUUUUGACAAACAAUGGACAUCUUCUUUUGAACAGUAGGGAAAGAGAAACUUGACUAAAAGCCAUUCUAGGAGAAAACCAGUCCCUCCUCCCCAGCUCGCACCUAGAGAUCAACAUUUAAGGCUCAGAGGGGAAGUUUCUAUGUGUAUUUGAUUGGGGCACGUGGACAUAGAGACGCGGGAAGUGAUAGGAAAGGGAUGGAAGGAAUCAGGCAGCAGGGGAGUGAGCAGGCUCAUGGGGGAAAGAUUUUAGGAAAUGGCUCAUGAGAUUUUAACAGUUCUCAACUAAUACAUGGGAAGGUUCUAAAUUCAAAAAGGAUAAAGUAAGUUUUCUUCGUCCCAUCUCCCAGUCCAGAGGCAGGUUGAACUACUUGUGUUUCCUUCCAGAGGUCUGUAUGAUUGUACGCGCAUGGGCUUGUGCUUUUACACACACAGCGUUGGUUUUCUCUGAAUAAGUCUCAACUAGAAUUUCACAUUCAUACAGAUUGAGCCGUUCUUUGGACAACUGCCAUCUAAGUGUAUGCUAUCGUAUACAUGCACUAAGUCAUUUAACCUUCUGCUGAGGACUCUGUACCUUCAUAAAUAAUUCUCCAGCAUCCUUGUUCACCCUCGCAAGUAUACCCACAGGAUAAGAUCAAAAGGACCUAGAAGUAGAAUUGGUAUGGAGAAUACGUCCACUUAAAACAGGACAUCCACACUGUUCUUCAGAGAGAACUCAUGGGCAGGGUGCCCAAAGGUAUCUGCUGCUUGGUCUCUGCUAACCUGAUGGGGAAGGAUGAUACACUGAAGUUUUAGCAUGCCAAUCCCUUAACGUGAGGGUGACUGUGUCAGGCAUCUGAGUUCGUGCCCUUCGCCCCUUCUUCCAUUGGGGUGCCAGUCUUCCUGAUUUGUAGGAGCUCAUCCUUCAUUGAUGAAACGAGCACUUUGCCUCAUCAUGCAAAUAUUUUCCUAGCCUGCUCGUGUGACGUCUUUGUGGUGCUUUUACCAUGUAGGUGUUUUUUUGUGUGUAUCAGACUUCUGUGACUUUGAGAUUUUACGUGACUUAGAAAGGACUGCCUACUCUAUGUACGUGUGUGUAAAUUCCAUGUUUCCCUAGAACCCGUAAAGUUUCGUCCUCUUGUGCUUAAGUCUAAUUCAUCCAUCCAGAUCUGAGUUUGGCACAAGACGAGGAGCCACUUUAUUUUCUUUUUUUAAUCUAGAUAACUAUCACAUGUCUAGACUUUUGCUCUCUACUAUUUCUCUCUACGUUUUCUCUCUCCUGUAUCAUAUGCCAAAUCCCUUUAUGUGUUGGAUUUUAUUUCUAGAUUUUAAAAAUUCUGUUCCAUCAGUUUGUCUUUUUGUACCAAUACCACGUUGUUUCAAUUACUGUGGCUUCAUAAUAUCUCUUAUGGGGCUAAUAUGUACAUCAUUCUUGUUUCUCAUAACUUUUCUGGCCAUUCAUGCCCCUCCUCCCAUAUGAACCUUACAAAUUUUCAAUCUAAAACAGAUUCUAACUUUGAACCAAGUUUAGAGAUUUAAAAAUACAUGAAAAGUCUCCUGUAUAUGUCAUCCCCUUCCCUCCCCAGUCCCUUCCUGGAGGAGGAAUGAUGGCUUCCAUCAGAUUCUCGCUGGAUUUAGAUGUUCCUCCUGUAGGACCACUGUUCUAAAGGUGGCAAUAGUCCUGCCUUUAAUUUAGAAAAAAUUUUUCCCCCACAACUCCUUUAAAGAAAAAAAAAAAAAAAGUAUGAGUCAAAAGUCAUUCCUAUAGUUAUUUUCCUCUGCAACAUUGAGGUUCUUCCUAGAGGUAUCACAAUAAAUUGUUCCUUGUCUUCCAAGUACUGAUUCAACUGUGACUCCUCUGUCACUGUGACUUCUCCUACCUUGUAAACACGAGACUCAGAAGCACAAUAACAGGUAAUGCACAAGGUAGAGCAAAGUGUGUUUUCAUAGGUAGGUCAGCACAGCCAACGGAAAUCUGUGUCACCGAAUCACAGGUGGCUUAGCGGUGUCUCAAAACAAAGCUAGCGCCAGACCUUUCCAUGGCCAUUUGGACUGAACUGGGCAGCACCGUAUGUUGUUAGGCACAGCGUACUGGUCACCGAUGCUGAUCACUGAGGGGCCACAAAGAACCAAACGUACAGAGAGCACAUUAAAAAGACGCCCCAAAUCUGACUUGAAGCCAAGUGCUAGCCACAAUAAACAUUCAGUAUUUCAUCACAAAUUUUUGUUAUCCUUAACCUAGGAGUGCUUUGGUAGAAUGAUCUAGGUAGUCGAGGGCUUUUUAACGCUGUCCAGACAGGUUUGAAGGGAAACUUUUGCCUGCCCACUGGCAAGUAUUCUCCUGUGGCAAGCACAAGAGUGCUCAUCCCUAGGUUGGGCUUCCUAGAGCCUGCUUGGAUCACAUGACCGCCCCUCCUGUUAUGAGCCAAGCAGAUUCGGCCCCUUAACCUACGUAGUGAAGGGAGCCUGUGCUGUGGCUUGAGUGGUGCAUGAUGGCCAGACUGGACAACUUGCUAGGUCUUGGCUGCAUGCCACCUUCCGCCCCUAAAUCCCCAGCCCGGAGCCCAUGUUACCUUUCUGUCAACUUAGGCCCCCUCCCCAUCAGGGAACCCUUCUGUGGCCUUCUUGUCCUCCCCAAUCAAGGGACACUCCUUUCUUCUACCUGUACGUUCCAUUUUGUUUCUAGCGCAUAUGGCCCUAUAUUGCUAUGUUGUGUUUGCACCCACCUUCGUGGCCAGCUCCUGGAAAGCCGGUCUUGGUGUGUCCAGUGGUGCCCCCCCAAUGGUGAGUGACAACCAUCCCACUGACCUGAGCGAUUAAGGCGAGGAUUCCUGGCACCAGCGCGAGGCUAAAAAUCCACGUUGGAACCUCAGGAUCGUGCCUGUUUCCCUGCAAGAACACCCCCCGAGAUGGCAGAGGAGAACAGCAAUACCAGGGACUGCCUGUCCUCCAGCGUGCUCAGCUGGGAUCAGGUCAGCCGUCUGCAUGAGGUCCUGACCGAGGUCGUACCCAUCCACGGACGAGGCAACUUUCCGACCUUGGAGAUAACUCUGAAGGACAUCGUCCAGACCGUGCGCAGCCGGCUGGAGGAGGCGGGCAUCAAAGUGCAGGACGUCCGGCUGAACGGCUCUGCGGCUGGCCACGUCUUGGUCAAAGACAACGGCCUGGGUUGCAAAGACCUGGACCUCAUCUUUCAUGUGGCUCUUCCCACAGAGGCGGAGUUUCAGCUGGUCAGAGAUGUGGUGCUGUGCUCCCUCCUGAACUUCCUGCCGGAGGGUGUGAACAAGCUCAAGAUCAGCCCGGUCACCCUGAAGGAGGCGUACGUCCAGAAACUGGUGAAGGUCUGCACGGACACGGACCGCUGGAGCCUGAUUUCCCUCUCCAACAAGAACGGGAGGAACGUGGAGCUGAAAUUCGUCGACUCCAUCCGGCGCCAGUUCGAGUUUAGCGUGGACUCUUUUCAGAUCAUCUUGGAUUCGUUGCUCUUUUUCUACGACUGCUCCACUAGCCCCAUCUCUGAGCACCUCCACCCCACGGUGAUCGGGGAGAGCGUGUACGGGGACUUUGAGGAAGCCUUCGACCACCUGCAGAACAGACUGAUCGCCACCAAGAACCCCGAAGAGAUCCGGGGCGGGGGGCUGCUCAAGUACAGCAACCUCCUGGUGCGGGACUUCAGGCCCACAGACCAGGAGGAGAUCAAAACUCUAGAGCGUUACAUGUGCUCCAGGUUUUUCAUCGACUUCCCGGACAUCCUCGAACAGCAAAGGAAGCUGGAGACCUACCUUCAAAACCACUUUGCCGAGGAAGAGAGGAGCAAGUACGACUACCUCAUGAUCCUUCGCAGGGUGGUGAACGAGAGCACCGUGUGCCUCAUGGGGCACGAGCGGAGGCAGACCCUGAACCUCAUCUCCCUCCUGGCCUUGCGCGUGCUGGCGGAACAAAACAUCAUCCCCAACGCCACCAACGUCACCUGCUACUACCAGCCAGCUCCGUACGUCAGCGACGGCAACUUCAACAACUACUACGUUGCCCACCCCCCAGUUACCUACAGCCAGCCGUACCCUACCUGGCUACCCUGUAACUAACCCUGAGACCUGAGGGUUUCCACAGCGGGGACCCCAAUAGGGCAAGGGCUCUCAGCUAGGGGAGCCUCCUUCUAGAUGUAGGUGUUUGGCUUUUAAAGGGGAACUCAGCUCUGAUUCUGCUUAUUUUGUCCUUUGUGCACCCAUUGGAAUGGGUCUACAGUAUAUCAUGAGCCAACCCUGAAGGGACCCCAUCAUUCCAGUGCCACUUUGGAAAACGCUAUAGGAAGUAGGACCCAUCCACGUCUUUCCGAGAGAGACACUAACAUGUCACGUCCCCAACAUCCGCGCGGGGACAUUUGGAGCUCUGUGCGCCAAUGGAAUCUGGGAAAGUUCCUGGGCGGUGUUUCUCACCCGGGCCUACGGUUGGCUCUGUUGGCCCUCACUUGGGGUUCUCAGCUGUUAGGUGAAAGUUGUGGUGAUAGUCUAUUUUCUUGUACCAAUUUUAGCCAGGCAGAAAAUGGUGGACAUGAGAGUGGUCUCGUGACUGCAUUUUUCUGUUCGGGAGACUGAAUUGCGUAUGUUUAUUCCCUGUUAGCAGAGCUGAGGAUUUCUUCUCAUCAAUAAACCAAAGCCGGUAGCUGGAGAAUUGAGAUCUGGUUGAAAGUGGUUUAUGGUUUAGAUGUUGUGCUCUCACGAGGAUUUGUGAGAUAUUGCUGAGGGGGGGAAAAAAAAAGACCUUUGCUUGAAAUGUAACUUGAAAACAAAAUAAAAUGUGGAACAUAAUGUUAAAAGCAGAAUUGUGGUGGGGGUGGGGAGGGGCUGAUUGUAAAUAGGAAACAUGAAUGUUCUUUUUUUUUCUUUAAGGAAUUCUUAUUGAAUGACACCUCCCCCCCCCCCGCCCCCCGCCCGCCCCCAGCAGUUUAUCACUUUAGUUUUGCUCUUCCUAAGACGAAGGAUUGUCCAGAGUCCUUGCAGUAACUGACGCGAGGGUCUUCCCAUGUUUUAAUUGGAAACCCAUUUUGGUCACAUUCCGAGUAUGACCAGCUGUUUUUCUCGAGUACCUUGGCUGAUUACUUUUUGUUUGUUUUUGUUCUUUCCUCAAAAAAUAGCGAUUUCCCUCCCCGGACUUUUUUGGACAGCAAAUGAAUUCAGGAAUUUCAACAGGGCUGAAUGAUCUGUGGGACGACCUGCUGUGGUGGGCAGAGUUCUUUGGCUGAAAACUGCUUUGGAAUUGAACCUGCCGCCCCUGUGGCGUGCGCGAGGUAGAGGCUUCGCGCUCACUCGGGCCUUGUGUGCGCGGCGUGAUUAAUUCUGGUGUGUUCUGGGAAGAAUGGAGUACAUGAAGAACGUCUUCCUUAUUCUGGUAGAUUUGACCGUACUUGUUUCUCGUCUGCACUUUAGAAGGAAAACAGUGUUAAUCUCCAGUCUAAAGCAAGCUCAGUGAAUGGGGGCGUUCUGGGCUGCUGCCCUCCCAGUAGAUUGUGAGUUUUGAAGCUUCUGUGGGAUCUCUUAGAAAGCAUCACUCUAGGGCACUAAGGGCAAAGGAACUCAGUAGCACCAGCCAGCUUGGUUUAUAGAGUGACUUCAUCAAAUCCACACUCCUGAUUUUUCCUUUCUUCCGUGGCCGUAGAAUUCCCCAGCCCUGAGUGAUUGCUUUCCUUUUUUCCUUGCUUUAGGCAGUGAAGUUACCUUACGGCUUAGCAGAAACCGAGUGAUUUACCUUUUUCUGAAGAUGGUAUUUUCAGGGUGUUUUUUUGUUUGUUUGUUUUUGUUUUUUUGUUUUUUUUGGAAUCUGAGAUCUUGGUCCUCUUAAAGCAGAUUGGUCAUGACUGAACCCCGAGGCUUAGCUGGUAUCCAUGUUGUCCUACGCUAGGUGAAUAGAAGCCACUUCUGUGGGCAACCAGCUUCUGCAACCAGCUCCUGUUGCCCUGUGAAUCGCAGUCACGUUUGAAUUCACUGGCUUUGCGUCCAGGCCGGUUCUACACUGAGGGGGGCCCAGCAUGCUUCAGGGUUAAAAGGGGGGCAAUGAGGACUGAAUCCCAACUUUGAAAACUACAUGUUCCUCCGUGACAUUGAAAGGCUGCCAUUGUGGUUGGAUGGCAACAUCUUUGCACAAAAGUGACAGACAUGUUUAACCAGAGCUUUGAGAUGUGAUGGAGCCAUGAACGUAAGCACUUGCUGACAGAAGUCAGUGCUGCUCUACUAGAAGGCUUGACGAUCAGGGUGACGAGGCUCCAGAUGAAGAUAGGAUCAGAGAACCACAUCAAGUAAUUAAAUUUCCAGUUUGCCCUUGGAGUUCUUUCUGCUUCUAUUUUUUUGCUAUCCGGUACUAGUCCUCCUCUGAGGAGGGAGGGAAGCACAGACAUUGCUAGAAAUUUCCAGGUUUGCGCCCCCCACCCCCUGCCCCAGUUCUUUACUACCAUUGCACGAUGACUAUCUUUGGUACAGUCUGCUUACCUGAAGUUUUUGGUCAGCCCAGCUGUCUUGAAGUUUGAAAGGAGACACACGUUCUAGAACCAUCGGGGUAAAAAGCCGCACUGACCAAAGCUGCACUUUUAAAACCCCGCCCUGGUCCGGUGGUGUCUCUACCUGUUCUACAAGCUUUGCCAGCCUCAGAAUAGACCAGGUAACCUUGAAUCUCAGGUGUUUGGAAAGUCCAGCCGAAACCUGCCUUUCACACUGCUCACACAAGCACCAGGUACCCUGAGCUGGUACUGAGGCCAGUGGUUCCUCUCUUUUGUGUGUUGAGUAACAUGAAACUUGGCAGUGGCUAAGGGCACUAAAGUUCAAGUACAAAUUCUAAUAUAAAUCUAAGCAAGCCCUUUUUGCUUCAGGACUCCACCGAGCUCUCUGAUGCUUUCUGCAAGUACGCAGCUUGUUUUCCUGGCCUGCUGCUUGGAAUCCGCUUGAGCAGCAGCGAGAUUAAAACAGUACCGUUUCCCCUCGUGUUGGCAGAAAGGCCCAGUCUGAAUUCCUGGCCUGGCGCUUCAGUCUCACCCUCAGAUUUUACUUUGGCAAGAAGACGCGAUUCCUCACUCGACUUCAACUCUGAAACUAAACUCCCCGUCACUGACACCUUCAAAUCGGGGUCCCUGCUAACCGCAUGUGGGCUGUAUCCUGGCCCACACUCGGGAGCACCUGGCAGCGUGUGGGGCAGGGGGGUGGAGGGGGGGGGAGUCGGGUAGGAAAGACGCUGGGUCCCUGCUGUGUGCUCACAGAUGUGGUUUGGCGGUCAAGCGCCCCCACCCCACCCAGUUUGAUUUUUUUUUUUUCCCCUCGGGGACUUGAGUCACUGUGAGCUGUGUGUGAACCCGCUUUUUGGGGUGACACAUUAACAGUCCCAUCGCUGAUGCCCUGAUGUCCUUCCACGUCCGUGCGAGCACUAGCUGCUUACCUGCAUGGUAGGUGAGGGUUUUAACUCGCAGUGCUUUGGUGACUUUGAGAAAUGGUGCCGCUGAAGAGCAGCUUCCUAACUGUAGGAACACCUCCUUUCUAGUUAACUUCCUGGUACUGGUGCCUUGUUUUACGACGCAGCUAGAUUCUGGGCUCAGAUGUGUUGAUAGCUAUCCCUGUGUGGGGAGAGAGCCUGUCGCUCACCGGGGCCAUUAUUUCCUGGGUGUCCGACUGGGGCUGUAUACCAGGGAGAACCCUUCGGUUGGCUUCUCCGAGGUCAAGAACUUCCAUUUGCCAGGGGUAGAUUCGGAUCCUUAAUCUGGCAGAGACCAGAAUGUCACAGCUGGUUUUGGAACCUAUUCCAGUUCAGCCAAUUCCAUUCAGAGGACCAAGGGAGGUACGUAGGGAGGAUGUAUUUUAAACCUGGCAACUUUGCCGGGUUAUUUGUGGAGACUCCCCAAGGUGAGGACCAGGAAAGAAAAUGUUUUGUGUGUUUUUUUUUUUUUGUGUGUGGGGUUUUUUUGUUUUUGUUUUGUUUUUGUGAGUCCUAAAUCUUGUUUACCUAUCACUUUUUCAAAAAUAGUUUAAGCGUAAGCUAAAGAAAAUGCUUGGAGGUUUGCCUGGGCUGGUGCGAGUUGGUACAAAACUGUCAUGUGUGUUUGUAUAGGGAGGUGAGAAGACCAUCCAUUAAAGAGGAAGUCAUUAAAUAAGAUGGAUAGGUGGGCGUUUUAAAACUGAAGACAUCUGGUCUUUUUUUUUUUUUUUUUUUUUGAUGGAUAAAAAAAAUAGCUGCUUCAGGAAAAUUAAGAGUUUUUAGCUAGUAAUUUCCAAAUUGAUAUAGAUGAAAAGUAAGAUACUCAUUAGACUGAAUUGGAAGCUUUUUGUUAUUCUGCAUUUGCAAAGCCUUCGAAAUGUUCAUUCUUCAGUGAUGCCUAAGAUGCGUGAGGUUUCCUCUUCGGUGUGACGGUCACUGACCUCCUUAUGUGAUGAAGGUGAAAUCACUUGUCAAUGCAAACUGUAUUAGAAGUUAAUGAAUUAAAGCUUUGAGUUUGAGAAAUAAAGAUAUAUUUAAAAAACCCCAAAA